AUGCAACAUUGGAUAGCUAGAAAGAAGAUUCUGAGGUACCUACAAAGAAAAAAGGCUUAUAUGUUGAUUUACAUACGCACAAAGAAUUUAGAGCUUGUUGGUUAUGCUAAUGCGAAUCUUGGAAAAGCAAAGGAUGAUUACAUCUCUACUUCAGGUUUUCUUUUCAAGAUAGCAGAAGCAGCUGUUGCUUGGAAGAGUGAUAAACAAUCUGGUGUUUCGAGUUUAACCAUGUUUUCAGAAUACAUAGCUUACUAUGAAGCCACUCCUUAUGCAGUAUGGCUAAGGAAUUUUAUUAAAGACAUUAAGGUGGUGGACUCGAUUUCUAGACCAAUACAAAUAUUUAAUGACAACAUUGCGGCUGAUUUUCACUGCAUGAACAACAAAAUGUCGUCUAGACUUCAACAUAUUGAUAGAUAG